UAUAAUCAAACUGUGUAAUUUAAUUUAUGUUUCAACCAAAAUAAAUGUUUUUCUUUCUUUCUUUUCAAUACCUCGGUGUGUGAGCAAGGUUGAUGACUUGUGUUAAGUCAUGCUAUUGCCCACGCGUUCGCCUCGUCUGUAGUACCAGAGCGCCAAUGCGACGUCACGGCAGCCUGGUGCGUAGUUAGCUCGACCGGAUUGUAGCUAGUUUGAUACAAUUUGUCUUAUUAUGUUUCAGCAUAAACGAAGAAACCAAAAACCUUGUAUUGUCCAUCAGCUUCGAGGUAAUGAACCUCUACACGCCUCAUGGCCUCGUGAGGAUCGACCUGAGAGGCAGAGAGCCUGUGUAUGUUGAGGACUACAUCAAUUCUACAUACUCCGCUGAACUGACUGCGAUCAUUCCAAGGGAGGGCCGCACAGGGAUAGAUGCAGCUCACAUUAGCUCCUACAACACUAACGCGCACCCAUCACUUGAGGUUGGGCCGAAUAUUUCGAACAGUUCAGACCCAAUCGUCUCCAACUACUACGCUGCCUUCUCAGCCGACAUCCCCACCAUGGUCCAGGAGUUGCUGUUCACCAAAGGCCCUUUCUUUUUCUAUGCGUACUUCCAGAACUAUAUUUGUAAUUACGGUAUACAAUACACUGGAGAAGUCAAAUCGUAAAAAUGUAUUCUUGGGUUAUUUUUUUUUAAAUUCUAUUAGAAGUGUUUAGAAGAAAUAGUUUCUUAACGGAAAACCUGUUGUAAGUUACUUUUAGGGGGGUGUAAUAAAGAAUAUCCAUCUGA